GAAUAUCCACGCGGCUUGCGCCUCCUCACCGUCAUCGCCGCCGUCGUGCUCGCCAUGUUCCUCUCCGUCCUCGACAUGACCAUCCUCGCAACAGCCGUCCCGCGCAUCACCGACGAAUUCCACAGCCUCGACGACGUCGGCUGGUACGGCUCCGUGUUCUUCAUGACCGUCGCGUCAUCGCAGUCCACAUGGGGCAAAGCAUUCAAGUACUUUGACCUGAAGACCGUCUUUCUGACUACUAUCGCGCUCUUUGAAGUGGGGAGUUUGAUAUGCGGACUCGCCCGAAACAGCGAGACCCUGAUCAUCGGCCGAGCCAUCACCGGCUAUGGCGCAGCUGGAGUCAUCGCAGGCUGUUACACCAUCGUUGCAUUUACGGUGCGACCGGAGAAAAGACCUGCGUUUACUGGCAUCAUGGGCGCGACGUAUGGGAUUGGAUCUGUAAUCGGGCCUCUGCUCGGCGGUGUGCUUACCGAUAGGGCGUCGUGGAGGUGGUGUUUCUUUAUCAACUUACCCAUUGGUGGCGUUUCGGCUGCUAUCAUCCUAUUCACUUUCAAAACGCCUGCUAUUUCGCGCAAUGAGAAAGAUGCGAAUGCGGCGGGGGUCGAGAAGCUGAAGCAGAUGGAUUUGCUUGGGACAUUUGCCAUCAUGGCAGCUGUCACCUGUCUCCUGCUCGCACUGCAGUGGGGCGGUGUAACGAAGGGCUGGAAGUCUGCAGACGUCAUCGGGACCCUGGUCGGCUUUGUUCUGAUCAUGCUGGCUUUCGUGGGCAUCGAGUACUUCCAAGGAAGCCGGGCUCUGCUUGUGCCGCAUAUCCUGAGGAAGAGGGUGGUGUACAUGGGGUGCAUAGUGAGCUUUUUUCUCGGAGGCGGAAACUUCACGUUACUGUACUACAUCCCCAUCUACUUCCAAUCCAUGCUCGGCGUAUCCGCCCAAGACAGCGGCAUACGAAACCUCGCCCUCAUCAUCGCCAUCACGAUAUGCACCGUACUCUCCGGCACCCUCAUAAGCCACACCGGCCACUUCACUCCCAUCCUCUUCCUCGGCGCCGCGUUCAUGACCAUCGGCUGCGGCCUCACAACCACGCUUUCCCAAACCUCUCCACCGCGGCUCUGGAUCCCCUACCAAGCCCUAACCGGCGUCGGCAUCGGCCUGUGCUUCCAAGCGCCCGUCAUGGCGGCGCAAGCCCUCGCUGCACACGCCGACGUCAGCGCCACCACCGCCAUGCUGCUCUUCUUCCAGACCAUGGGCGGCGCGUUCAUGGUGUCCGCUGCGCAGUCCGGGUUCGCGAACGUGCUGGUGCAGAAGCUGGGUGUGUAUGCGCCGGGCGUGGAGCCGCGGGCUGUGCUUGUAGCGGGGGCGACGCGGUUGAGGGAGGUUUUUGAAGGGGAGGAGCUGGCGGGUGUGCUGGAGAGCUAUAUGCGGGGAUUGAGGGUCGCUUUUGCGAUUUGUACGGUGGCGGCGGGUGUUGCGACGGUGGUUGCGUGCGGGAUGCCGUGGGUGUCUAUUAGGAGGAAGGCG